UCGGUGGCUUUGUUCUCUUUGUGGUGGGGGUCCUGUGCGCCAUGCUCGGCCUCCUCUCAAAGACACUCUCCUACUUCUGGAGGCGUGCGGACAGCGAGGAGGGCCCCGAUGGGAGCUGGGCGAGCUCAGAUUCAGGUGAUAAAGAAAUAAAAAUUGUAGAAGGAGUCGUGACACGAUUUUGCCAUGAUUAUGGGAUGAUAGAUGACCUGAUAAUCUUCACAAAUGAUGCGGUUGUGAACGGUGUGAUGUUGACUGUUGGACAGAAAGUUAUUGCUACUGUUGAAGAGGACAAAAUAUCAAGUGGCUUGAAGGCCAUUAGGGUAGAAGCAGUCUGCAGCACAUGGGAAAACUCCAAUCCUACUUACGGUGCUUCUGAAAGGAAUACAAAACUACUAAUUGGUAAUAUUACCUCUCUCUCCAAGGAUGGUGGCUACAUUAAUCAGCAAACUUUUUUUGCAAUGGAAUCUGUUUGUGAAGGUUUCGAACCCUAUAAAGGUGACUGGGUACAAGCUAAAUAUUUUAUUAACCCAGCAACAUGGAGCAGUGAAGCAGUUGCUGUGAAACCUUUGAGAUACAAGCGGGUGGACAAGGUUCAGAUUUCCAGCAUCUGUGGAAGAAAUGGUACAAUAGAUGAAAGUAUAUUUUUCACUUUGGAUUCAGUGAGGCUUCCUGAUGGUUAUUCGCCUUGUGUACAUGACCUAGUGAAUGUGAUUGUGGUGGAAAGUAAUCAAUCGUGUUACAUUUGGAGAGCUCUCUGUUUGACUCCCGUUGAUCAGAAUGGACUAUCUCACUCUAAUGGAGUGAAUAUGGAUGAGCCAUAUGAAAACCUAGUGAAAGACAAAGGAGGAUUGGAGGUAUCAAGAAUGACUAAUUUUGGAACCCUGAAGCAGGGAGAAACUAAAAGCAUGAUCAUUUGGAUAGAGAAUAAAGGGAGUAUACCACAGUCCUUAAUCAGCUGCAGACUAGCUGGAUGGGUAAAAGGCAAGCAAUUCUAUUUUCAAAUUGCUCCAAGACGCCAGAAGAAUUCAGCAUCGUAUCUGUCAACUCUUCCAAUAAAUCAAGAGAAUGUCUCAAAAGCUGCAAUUAAUUCAUAUAGUGACAGCAGAGGAACAACAUAUGAGUCAUUGAAUAAUGCAACCACUGCGAAGAGUGGGAUCAUUCCAGAAGAAAGUAAUUCUCAGGAUCCCAAUUUAUCAAGGAAAAAGGAAAAAAUUUCCCUGGUAAACAAUGAAAAUCUACAUAAUGGGGUAAAUGAGCAAAGAGAAGAUGCAAAAGAAGAGCUGAUAAAUGAGGCUGUUAUUGCUAGAGAAACUGUCAUUCCACCCAGUGGAAGAACAUUUAUAGAGGUUGUAUGCACUGCCACAAACCCUGGAUACAAUAAAGAGCUCCUGUUGCUUGUUUUUUCUGAAUUUGUUAUUGGACGCUAUAUUGAAACCACUGUAAUAAGUGAAGAAGAAUUAAAAUUAGCACCUGUGGAACCAUUUUCUCCAAGAAAGUCUAAUAUUGUCCCCGUCCCUCAACAAAAGACAACGGUAGUUGCAACUAACUACAGAAGAAAUUGCAGAAGGCAGUUGCCAAGCUUUCUUCCCCAUUAUACUAUACCAGAUGGAUUAAGAAAGUGUGUGGAGCAGAAGUUGGACAUACUCACUUUUCAACCCCUCCUUGCAGAGCAUCUUAAUCUAGAUAAUUAUAAAGCAAACUUCUCUACUCUCUUGUGGCUUGAAGAAAUCCAUGCAGAAAUGGAAUUAAAAGACUAUAGUAUGAGUGGGAUUACUUUGAAAAGGAAUGGAAGCUCUUUGGUUUUGGAAGUGCCAGGAGUGGAAGAAGGCAGACCCUCCUUGAACAUAGGUGAUAAGGUGAUACUGAAAAGUCAGAUCUACUGCGAGCAUGUAGUAGAGUAUGUAGCCUACAUUACAGAGAUUCAUAAUGAAGAUGUUACUCUUCAACUUCAUCCCGACUUUGAACAGACUUACAACUCGGAGCCCAUGGAUGUGGAAUUUGUUCAUUCCAGGAUUACCAGCCGGCGAUGCCAGUUGGCGGUCGAGCAAGCCGUGCAUCUGGGUGAAAAAGUGUUGUUUCCAGAAAGGCUCCUUUUACAGUCACCACAAGCAGAAUAUUCUAUUGUUGAUGAUGGCCUUGAACAAGGUUUCAAACAGGAAAUUAAGGUCAAAAAUCUACAGAGCAAUCAGACAAAAUGCACGGCGCCAGGGGAGAUGAUGACCAUACCGGAUGCAGUCACGGUUCCAUCCGAAAGAAGUCAACCUGGCACUGAAACUGUGACACCUAAGCAGGUAGCUGGCCACUUUUUCAAUCCGCUGCUGAAUGAGCACCAGAAAUUGGCAGUGAGAAGGAUACUGACUGGUGAAUGUCGUCCAACUCCUUAUGUCCUUUUUGGACCACCAGGAACAGGAAAAACAUUAACAAUAGUUGAAGCUAUUUUACAGAUACAUUAUACUUUGCCAGACAGCCGAAUUUUGGUUUGUGCACCAUCAAAUACUGCAACAGAUCUAAUUUGCUUGCGGCUGCAUGAAAGCCAUCUGUUAAAACCAGGCAGCAUGGUCAGAGUUAACGCGAGCUGUAGAUCUCCAGAGCAAAUUGAUGAUAUAGUAAAGCCUUACUGCAGAGAUGGCGAAGAUAUUUGGAAAGCAUUAUGGUUCAGGAUAAUAAUUACCACAUGCAGCAGUGCAGGGCUCUUUUACCAAACUGGAAUACGGCUUGGACACUUCACACAUGUCAUUUUGGAUGAAGCAGGGCAAGCAAGUGAACCAGAGAGCCUGAUUCCCCUUGGGUUGAUUUCAGAAGCUAAUGGACAGAUAGUUCUUGUUGGAGAUCCAAAGCAGUUAGGGCCAGUAAUAAAAUCUGAACUUGCAGUGGCUUUUGGACUGAAUGUAUCCUUGCUGGAAAGACUGAUGUCACGAUCUAUGUAUCUGAGAGAUGAGGAUGCCUUUAGGACCUAUGGAUCAUACAAUCCUUUGUUGAUCACAAAGCUUGUGAAGAAUUACAGGUCGCACUCUGCAUUGCUUACCUUGCCAUCUAAAUUGUUUUAUCAUAAAGAGCUGGAAGUUUGUGCAGACACUUCUGUAGUAACUUCUCUGUUACACUGGGAAAAAUUGCCAAGGAAGGGCUUUCCGUUAAUUUUUCAUGGAAUACGGGGCAACGAAACCCGGGAGGGUCACAGCCCCUCGUGGUUUAACCCGACGGAAGCCGUUCAGGUGAUGCGCUACUGCUGCCACCUCGCUAAAAGCGAGCGCAGCGCCGUGCCAGUGGCCGACAUCGGCGUUGUGGCGCCCUAUCGGAAGCAGGUGGAAAAAAUAAGAUACCUUCUGAGAAGUAUUGAUUUGGAGGAUAUUAAAGUUGGCUCAGUAGAAGAGUUCCAGGGGCAGGAGUACUUGGUUAUCAUCCUAUCAACGGUCCGGUCUAAGGAAGGCUCCUUUUUUGAUGAGAAGUGCUGUUUGGGCUUUCUCUCAAACCCAAAGCGAUUUAAUGUAGCAGUUACCAGGGCCAAAGCUUUGCUGAUCGUGGUGGGAAAUCCUCAUGUCCUUGUAAAAGAUCCCUGUUUUUGUGCUUUGCUGGAGUACAGCCUGAAGAACAGAGUCUAUGUAGGCUGCGACCUGCCUUCUGAGCUGGAGCAUCUGUAUCAAUGUGACUGAUUUUUUUUCUGCGUUCAGAAUGCACUCAAUUCUCUUCUGCUUAGAAGUGAAGAAUGCGUGACAGUAACGUGGUCUUCAGCAAAUCCAGAAACUUUGGACGUCGGGAAAAUAUGUUUUUUGAAGUCAUUGAAAUUUGCACAAAAGGGUUUUUUAUCCUUUUCCUUAGAAAUUAGAGAGUUUCCUUAGAAAAACUACUGCUAGUAUUUUAUACUAUCA